UUUCAGCAAACAACGCGCCAGUUUGUUUCAGCUAUGGCUGCUCAGGCCGUGGAAUACUUUAUCCUUCUGACGGUGGCUGGGACACAGCCCGAAGAAUACGAGGAGAACUUCAUCGUCCUGUUCUCGUGGGCCGUCAUCAGCAAGUCAAGGAACCAGGUGUUGACCAAAGAGCAGCUGUACGUGCAGCCCAGUCAGAGUGUCAGUCCGUCCAGCCUGCCUGGAGGGAUCAAGCCUGAGGCUGUCAGUAGCGCUGCCCCCUUGCCUGUCAUUAUCAAGCAGUUCCAUGCAGCAGUGUCCAAGUUGGGCCACUCGUUCAUGCUCCUCUGCCCGAGCCCUCUUCCCCUGCGUCACUUCAUACAUCGCGAGGCUCAGGCCCACGGCAUACAGCUCGAGAACUACUUCUACCAGUACGUCGACAUCAACACCGAAUUCUCCAGGGGCUUCCCCGAUAAUCAGCGCCCCAAUACUCUCGAGGAAAUAGACAGUUCCUUGACAGAGGGGCUAGUCCUCGGGAUCGAUGUUGCUCCCAGCAGUCCCAAACUGGGGCUGGCCGAGCUAAAGAUGGUGGCCGACAUCACCCAGAAACUCAUCAUGCAAGGGCACACGUUUGGUAACCCUGAUAGGAUAAAGAAGGAGAACGACUCCAACGCACCUGCA